UUUAAAAGCUGCUGGAGGUCGUUGGAGUCAAGUCGUUGUGAGGAGGGAACCGAGUCUCGCGUCAAUAUGUUCUCCCGCGUCGCCAGACCCGCUCUCGCCUCCCUCAACCGCAGCUUCUCCGCUUCCUCGCAGAACAAUUCCAAGGUGGCAGUAUUGGGUGCAGCAGGUGGCAUUGGACAGCCUCUCUCUCUACUGCUGAAGAACAGCCCCCUCGUCAGCCAGCUCUCCCUCUACGAUAUUGCCCACACACCUGGUGUUGCAGCUGAUCUGAGCCACAUUGAAACCAGGGCGAAGGUCACUGGUUACUUGGGCCCUGAGCAGCUGGGUGAAUGCUUGAAAGGAUGCGAGGUGGUGGUUAUUCCUGCUGGUGUACCAAGGAAACCUGGUAUGACUCGAGAUGAUCUGUUCACCACAAAUGCCACUAUUGUGGCUGUGUUAUCAGAAGCUUGUGCCCGCCACUGCCCAGAAGCCAUGAUGUGCAUCAUUUCUAACCCUGUGAACUCCACAAUACCGAUCACUUCAGAAAUUUUCAAGAAACACGGUGUUUAUAACCCUAACAAAAUCUUUGGUGUCUCAACAUUGGACAUUGUCCGAGCAAACACCUUUGUGGCAGAGCUGAAGGGCCUUGACCCAGCCCGUGUGUCAGUUCCUGUUAUUGGAGGCCAUGCUGGCAAGACUAUCAUCCCUAUAAUCUCACAGUGCACGCCCAAAGUAGAGUUCAACCAGGAUCAGCUGGUGACUCUCAUAGCCCGAAUCCAGGAAGCUGGUACAGAGGUGGUCAAAGCCAAGGCAGGCGCAGGUUCGGCCACGCUCAGUAUGGCUUAUGCCGGAGCCCGGUUUGUCUUCUCUCUCUUGGAUGCCAUGAACGGCAAAGAAGGUGUGGUUGAAUGUGCGUUUGUCAGGUCUGAAGAAACAGAGAUGCCAUACUUCUCAACACCACUGCUGCUUGGGAAAAAUGGCAUUGAGAAGAACCUUGGAAUGGGCAAACUGACUCCUUUUGAGGAGAAGCUUGUGGCAGAGGCAAUGGCUGAGCUGAAAGGCUCCAUUAAGAAAGGGGAGGAUUUUGUGAAGAGUGCAAAGUAACUGGUGUCUGUAUUUAUCGUGUACUGAACAAGAAGCUUCCAGGCUCCGGCCACCAUCCCAGAGCACUUGGCUACUGCGUAGCAUUCCUUGUCGCGGUGUGUCUGUGUGCCGUUCGCUUAAAAUUCAAGUGAUCACGAAAGAACUAUUAAAUUCUCAUUAAAUGACUUAUCAUUUA